ACCUCAAUAUAACAGUUCUGUCACUAAAAGUCACUUCAAGAGCAUACAAAAAAAAUGGUCUGUAUAGGAAUAAACGGUUUCGGACGUAUAGGGCGCCUCGUAGUCCGUAUCGCGAUCAGCAAGGGAAUCCAAGUAGGAGGUAUUAACGACCCUUUCCUGGACCCCGCUUACAUGGUCUAUCUAUUUAAAUAUGACUCCACCCAUGGCAUCUUCAAAGGAUGCGUCAAUACGGACGGUAAACACCUCAUCGUUAACGGCCAAAAGAUUGCGGUUUUCAACGAAAAAGACCCUACGAAAAUCCCAUGGGGAGAUUCGGGUGUCCAAUACGUCGUAGAAUGUACCGGAGUGUUCACUACCAUAGAGAAGGCCUCCCAGCACAUCACAGGCGGAGCUAAAAGGGUGAUUAUUUCAGCCCCUUCAUCUGACGCUCCCAUGUACGUUUGUGGAGUUAAUUGGGACAAGUAUGAGCCUUCGCAAACGGUGAUUUCGAAUGCUUCAUGCACAACCAACUGCCUGGCACCACUAGCCAAAGUGGUCCACGAUAACUUCGAAAUCGUCGAGGGUCUCAUGACUACCGUUCACGCCACCACUGCCACCCAGAAGACCGUGGACGGACCAUCCGGGAAGAAUUGGAGGGAUGGCAGAGGUGCGGGGCAGAAUAUUAUUCCCGCAUCCACGGGGGCGGCCAAGGCCGUCACCAAAGUUAUACCCGACUUAAAAGGAAAAUUAACCGGCAUGGCUUUUAGGGUUCCAGUACCCAAUGUGUCUGUGGUGGAUUUAACUUGUAGAUUGGGUAAAGCGGCUUCUAUGGAAGAUAUCAAAACUAAAAUAAAAGAGGCUUGUUCAGGACAAUUUAAAGGCAUUAUGGGUUACUCUGAAGAACAGUUGGUAUCCACAGAUUGCAAUGGGGACAGCAGGAGUUGCGUCUUUGAUGCGGGAGCGGGCAUUUCACUGAAUGAGAAUUUCGUUAAACUUAUUGCCUGGUACGACAACGAGUAUGGGUACUCCUGCAGAGUAAUUGAUUUGAUUAAUUAUAUCAAUGAUAAAUUCCCAGUGUAAUACAAAAUUUACAACUGUA